AAUUCUUGCCAAGAAAACUGCAGGGACUCAUCAAGGCAGUUGCCAGGAGUCAAGACUGACUAGAAGGCAACUGAGUCCAUUUACUUCAACUUGGAGGAGAAAUUGCGGGUCUGAAACUCUGUCUGCACACAGCUGUUUAAGAUACCGAAAGAAAUCUUAUCCUCUAUAUCUCUGGGUUAAGACUGCAUCUUCUUUGAGGAACACAGAAUCUCAAACUGACACAAGAAGAAGUUAAGUACAGACCAGGCCCCAUUGUGAUUCAGUGAAAUGAUGGCCUGGGUACGAAAGCUUGUACAAAGCGAGACAGUUGAAGAAAUGGCCAAAAUGCAUUUCUACAGAGGAAUAUGUGAGUUAAUGUCUGUGGUCAGCUGUCUGCAGCAAGCCAAAGAAGAUGACUGCUUUUAUGUGGAGCUAAAGGAACAUAUUGAGAAGGCUACAAAGGAGUUGGGCAUUACUGAAAAUUUGGUUCUACAGGGUCUGGACAAGGUAGAUUCAACGACUUCAGAGAUUUUGGCCUCAAAGAAUAAACUUGUGGAAGAACAAAAAACAAAAGAGAAUGAGCUUGCCAAUUUACAAAGCCUUCAUAUGGCUUUCAAAAGACUCGGUGAGAUACAAAGAGAAGAGUAUUUGCGCCAAGGAGCUAUGAAGGAAGAGGCAGAAAAGGCUAAAGCGGCUGCAGCAGAUGAUAUUUUGGAACAGGAAAAGCUGAAAGUUUAUGGCUUGGUGUUGAUGCUGAUACCACUUGUGGGACCUGUCAUUGGGGGGAUUCAGAUUCUCAGCGCUCACAUGGCUCAGAAGACAGCUGAAGAACAGGUAGCUGUUGCACAGGUAAGGAUAGAGGAUUAUAGUGCAAAAGAGCAGAUGGCUCUUUGCGAAGUUUCCAGGUGCGAGAAGCUGUUGAAAGAGCAAGAGAAUAAAAUUAAGGUGACACAGAAGAGUCUUCGAGCAAUGGAAGAUAAAAAAAAGAAGCUAGCCAACUUUCUUAACGAGAUUCUGAAGCUGCAAGCAGCGCUCAGAUUCUGUGCUAGAGAGGUUGGAGACCUACAUAUGAAGGUAAAGGUGGUUAGGGUAACAAACCAGUAUGUGUUCAAUUAUGAUUCCUGGAAGCAUCAGAUUGAUGGUAUCAUACAGCAUUUGCUUCGGUUCCUCCAUGCAGAAGAUGCUGAGUACCACUUGCUGGACUCCCCCAAGAUAAAACGAGGGAUUAGGAGACUGAAAUUCCUCUCUGAGUCCCCAAGCACUUUGGCCAGAAAUAUUUAUGCUCUUAAGGAUCUGCUACAUGACGAGAUUGUCUCUUGGUACUUUAUCAUUGGGUUUGUCAUACUGGCCUUUCUCUGGACAAGUGACUUCUUCUACAAAGCUCUUCUAGCUAUUUUCAUUGGCUUUAUCUUCGUCGCUUACCUAUCCCUGUAGCCCUCUAUUUCAGGAGCACCUCCCCCUUUGUGCAUCUGCUCCAUUCCUUAGAUCAGCAGGAAAGGCCCUUUGAAAAGGCUUCUGCUGUCACAGACUGGCCCCGGCAGGAUGGGGCCCUGCUCUGGGGGUCUCCAGGCUGUGCAGUGUUCUUCCGGGGAGGGGUGCUUGGCCCCUCCUCUCCCAGUCAGUAGAAAAAGGGGGGAAAGACACAACGUGCUCCUGUUGGCAAACUUGCAUCAGUUAAUGUAAUUGUGUGACUUAAAUAUCUUGUUUUACACUUGUAUUUUUAUUUUCAAUGUUGUUAGUAGCUUUGUGCUUAUAAAAGUACUAUGGUGGGCUAUGAAUCCAAUA